UUAUUUUUCUAUGAAUGACAUAUAGUAAAUAAACGUUAAAAAUGUCAAUUAAUAAUAAUGAAACGGUGAAUUUGGAAACUGAAAUUCGGAAAUUGCAGCCGUUGAUGAUUGAUAAAUUAACGAUGAUAUUAAACGUGGAUGGUUCGUGGAAAAAACUAAUGGCUAUCGUUCCUAAAGAUGACGAAUCCGGUCAAAACAAAUUCAUCAGUGAACAUUUUCGGCUGAUAGAACAAGGUUCUCGCUUACGACAAAAAGGUUGUGCAGAAAUAUUUCUGGAAGAAUGGGGCACAAUGGGCAAAAAAAGACCAACUGUAGGGAAAUUAUUGGACCUUCUCACAAAAGCUGAAUUAUUCAGAGCUGCAGAUUACAUCGCCAUCGACGUUUUAAAUCGAAAAGAAAGUCCAAAAAGACCAAACUCGGGUCCGGCAGCUCAAAUUGAUAUUGAUUCGUUGUUACCAGAAUAUCGAGACAUAGUAGGAAGCUCUUCAUUAAUUGCCGUAGACAUACACAGGAGUUCGAGUUUCCAAAACGAAGUGCAAAAUUCUCCGGAAUUGAUCCCGCAAGAACAGGUGUCUUAUCAAAUUCCAACUUUUCUCAACCAGGACUUCAGUAGUACUAGCGAAUUUUCCAACACCGAUUCAACCCACGAAUCACAUUCCAAGAAAGAAACACAGAGUUCGGAAGUCGAAGGUGAAAAUAUUUCUUUUAAAUUACCUCGUUGUUUAGAAAGUUUGGCCCUAUCUUCGGACGAAACUACCAACGAGUUUUCCCAAAGUGCUUCCGAAAACGCUGUGAUACCUCGUUUGGUUUUGAAUUAUACUGUCUCCGAAUAGGAAUUACGAAAUAAUUACGAAAUAUUUGUGUGAUAAGGGGCUGUACUUAAAUUACGUAACCCCCUUGAUUUUACGUAAUUUUUAGUCUCCAGAAAUUUUUUGCUAGCUAUUGCUAUUUCAAAAUUCCCUGAUUUUUCUUCACUAAUUUUUUAUUUGCUUUU